CGGCGGCUCACCUCGUCGUCCCUCCACGUCACGUCCAGUUAGGUUUCUCGCUCGCGCCAGCUUCGUUUCCGGUCACGCCACGUCCGGCAAACCGGCGGCGGGGGUGGGGGGUGGAAGCGGAGCCGGGAGACUCCGAGCCGAGUGGUGGCCGUAGAAGCCUCCUCGCUUCUUCCUUUAAACUACCCCCUCACCUCCUCAUCGCUCUUGUCUCCUUUGGCAUCUUCCUCGUACAGCAGACGAGAGAGAAAGAGGAGCGAGGAGGAGAGGGAGAGAGAGAGAGCAACCGAGGAAGAGGCUCUUGAGCUCGGGUUGUCCCAGCUCACCCUCGAGAGAUUGCAGAGAUGGCAUCGGGUGGAGGUGCCGGUGAGACCCAGAGGAGAAGGACGCUCUCUGGAACGUCGCAAUCACGUAACGGCUUUUCCGCAGUGGCCGAGCAGCGCGCCGUGCAGGAGCAGCGCGCGCGCGAUCGCAAGGAGCGGGACGGGCUGGUGCUGUGGAGGCGGCCGUUCACAACCAUUAAAUACUUCGUGCUCGAGUGCGGUCUGGAGACGUGCAAGUGGGCCAGUCGGCUGUGGGCACGGAGAGGUGUUGUAACGCUCUUCCUGUUGAUGCUCGCUGCUCUUACUGCUGCUUACUAUGCCGAGGGGGAGCACCAGGAGUUCGUACGGAGCACAGAGAAGAAGAUCCUGUGGUGUGCCUACUGGGUCGGCCUGGGCAUCUUAUCGUCGGUCGGGCUGGGCACGGGGCUGCACACCUUCCUGCUGUACCUGGGCCCCCACAUCGCGUCGGUGACGCUGUCGGCGUACGAGUGCGACUCGGUGGACUUCCCCGCGCCUCCGUACCCCGACGAGAUCAUUUGCCCAGAGAGCGAAGGACUCAACGUGCCCAUCUCCAUCUGGACCAUCAUGUCCAAAGUCAGGCUGGAGGCCUGCAUGUGGGGCGCUGGCACGGCUAUCGGGGAGUUGCCGCCGUACUUCAUGGCGCGGGCGGCGCGGUUGUCUGGGUCCGAGCCGGACGACGAAGAGUACCAGGAGUUUGAGGAGAUCCUGGAGCACGCGCGGGACUCGCAGCAGGACCUGGGCACGAGAGCCAAACUGGCCAUGCAGCACCUGGUGCAGCGUGUCGGAUUCUUUGGCAUCCUGGCAUGCGCCUCGAUUCCCAACCCACUGUUCGACCUGGCUGGCAUCACUUGCGGCCACUUCCUGGUCCCCUUCUGGACGUUCUUUGGAGCAACGCUCAUCGGCAAGGCCAUCAUCAAGAUGCACAUACAGAAACUCUUUGUGAUCAUCUGCUUCAGCAAGCACAUAGUGGAGCAGAUCGUGGGUCUGAUCGGCUCCGUCCCGUCGGUGGGGCCGAUGCUGCAGAAGCCGUUCCGCGAUUACCUCGAAGCCCAGCGACUCAAGCUGCACCACAAGCCCGGCACCGCCUCCUCCACGGGCGAUAGCUGGCUGUCAUGGGUCUUCGAGAAGGUGAUCAUCGUGAUGGUGUGCUACUUCGUGCUGUCCAUCGUGAACUCGAUGGCGCAGAGCUACGCCAAGCGUGUGCAGCAGCGUCACGCCCUGGAGCAAAAGGAAAAAUGAUCGCCCAUCCCUCUGCCCAACGCUCUCUCCUGUCAAAACCCGCUGUCCCGCCGGCCCGCUACUCCUGCCGACCCGCAAUCGAGAGCGUCUCUCCGAACGACUCGUCCCGCUCAUCGUCCACGCCCCGGCCACACGCAGCUCCCUGUAACAAACAUCGCGAUGGAACGGUUUAGUGGUAAGUGAGGCAGGGGGGAAGGCUGGUCCCCCGGUGGCCACGGUGGGAGAGUAAAGGAAUUUAGUAAAAAGUAAAGAAACCUGAACACUGCCAUUAAUGAUGACGUGGAACAUUUAUGUAAAGAAGCAGCUUUUUGUAGAAAGCUGUUUUUCCAAGGCUCCGAAACAAUUCCCGUGUAAAUUUCAAAUGUCUUUUAAACGCGACGUGUAUGCCGAGUGGCUUGCCAGAAAACGCAAGGUCCGUCUAAAACUGGAAAAGGUAGAUGUCGAGAAAGAAAAAACCUUGGUGAUGCGGAAGUCCGACUGAAAGGGCUUACUUGCCAGGCUUUUGGCUUGAGGAGUGAAUUUAUGUCUCCUGACACUAGAGGCAUAAACAAGCACCAUGGGUCUGCACCGGAUGAUAUUAUUAUUUAUGGGAUAGCAGCCGCGGUAAUUCAUGCACGAAAUUAAUGAUGACGACAGUUACCCCGACAUUCAAAUCUUUUUUUCCCCCCGCGUUAAACCGUCAUGUCUGCUUUCUCGACGGUGAUUGUGAACGGCUGCUCCGCCGUGGUUUGUAGCCGUUCUUUAUUUUGGCUAAUUGAACAUAGAGUGGAAUAUUCUUUCUUCGGCAGUUGGAACGUAGUGGGGACACGCUUAGCAACUCCAGCACAGGCAUUUGAACGUAGCCUGACAAACAGUUCGCCUGUAGACUUGUUACAUCAUGUGGCCCUGAAACAGCUGUUCGGUCAGCUCUUGAAAUACCCCAGCGCUGGACGUGACAUUUGUGAUGUGACAUGAAUGCCUGUGUCCUGGUUUAGAUCUAGGGUUUCCACCUCCGAGGUACAAAAAAAAACCCAGGACACAUCAUGAGUAGAAUAUCUCACGGUACCAGAAGAUGGGGGGGAAUGCUUAAUACAUGGUCUUGAGUGGUUUAUUAUUAACCGACUGACAAAAAAAAUCCUACUUUUAACGUCCCCAUAAAAGACUCGGGAGAUUCCAGGACAGCAGCUACCUCUACAAGAGGACGAUCCUGGGAAAACCAGGGCAGGUGGCAAUGCUGGUUGUAGAAUGUUUUAAAAUUCUUUAAUGGAUCAGCGUGUAGGCCUUCUCUGGCCUUGGGACUCGACACAUUAGACCGGAGAGUCUUGUUCGUUAAAUACAGUAAUAAUAGUCCUAAUUAAAUAUCCAUUAGCAUGAGAGUUUUCAUCACCCGCUAAAGAGGGCUGUGAUUUAUCAAUGGUUAAUAAAGACCUCUAUUUUAUAGUAAACAAUAGUGAUUUAUCAGCCUCCUUGAUUUCCGCUUGUUGAUUUUUGUUUAGAAGGUAUUUUCGUUGGACAAAUACUUAAUGUUAAUCCGAGGCAAUUUUUGCUUUGCAUAACAUUGGGUGGCAUUCGUCUUGUUAAAGGUAGACAUCGGUUAGGGAGUUGCAAUGCUUGCCGGGCAGAAGACUGUAAACUGUGAACGGUAUCGUUACGUGGCAGAGACCGAACUCAUUAAAAAGUAGAGCCUAAUCUCAUAAUUAAAACGCUGAGCUGUGCAGGUUACGCCUGCAGAAUAUUGUAACACUAAUUUUGGAGACUCAUAUUGGGCUACUUUUCAAACUAUAAAGUAUAGUUUAUAAAAACAUAAAAAUACAUGUGAAGAGCUGUAAGUAUUUUACAUCGCGAAGGCGAAAUGGCUUCCAUCUGCUCUGUAAAAAAAAAGGAAAAGGUUUUUUUUUCCCCCACAACUAAUUGUCGCACAACAACUCGAAUAGCGCUUCUCCACUGCACAACCGAGCUGCACCAGCUGGGGCUCUGCCAAGCCAGUCUGGAGUCACCAGGUUUUCUUCUUUUUCCCAACUUGCAGAAGCCGAGCUGUGCCGGUGACGUCACACGCAGUGAACGUAUCGCACAGCUGUCAACCCCUUAUCAGUCCCUACCGUAUUACAGACCAAUUCCAGACCUUAUUGGUCACCCCGUGCCCCUUAUAAUUCUCAACGUUCAUCCUACAAAUUCCCAUCACAAGGGAGAAACAAACACAAAUAGCCAAAAAAAUGUUUUACUCAAUUUCCUUAUACAAGAAGACGGGUAAACCGUAUGGGUUGACAGGUACGGUAUCGAGACUCAUGCAGAUGAUGUGGUGAUGCAACACGAUGAUGCAAUGAACCCGUCGUUAGUGGCGCCCUCCGGCCCUGCCUGGCCCCGAACCAUAUUCACACACGUCUGUUGGGACCCAGCAUAUCACGGUGUGGUUUUUGGCUCGGCACGGCAAAUAUUCAGUGGAAAAGUGCCCACACCACGAGGGCCUCCCCACCCCCCUCCCACCACACUGGCUCGGCUCCUCAGUGCUAGUGGAAAAAGGGUAUCGGUGGCCAGGUUUCCUUUGCUAGGGGAGUUCAGGUUAACCCUGACAGUGGAGAAAAUUAGUUCUUCAUACCUACCUGUGUGGGGGGGAUCCCCUCCUGGUUAUUUGUCAUGCUGAAAAUUCAACAGAUGUGAGUUGGCUGUGUGUGAAUAACUACGCAUACUGGUUACUCAGAUCGGUACCAAGUGGCUAAACGAGUAUGUUUGCCGCCAGACUGACCCGCCUUCUGGAUGUUGGAUUGCAAAGCGUGUGGCGGAACAAUUUGGAUUGUGUUACCCGAGUACAGCAAUGCGAUCUGUCUCACGACUAAGGAAAGGGUAGCUCUGAUGUUAUUUCAUUGGUUAGGCUGUAUCUCUUUUAGAAGCUUCCAAUGCACGUGGAGUGAAACCCCUGCAGACAGCGUGCCAAACAGCACGCGGUACAACCUGAAAACACAUCGGAGAGCCACACAGUGCAGCUGCGGAUAUAAAAUUACGCAGGAGUACUCGGCAAAGUACGGAUACAUACUCGUGACGGUCUGUAACGGUUUUAUGCCGAAGGCACUUGCUUCAAAUGUACGAUCCCUAAAUUAAACCAUUUCAACAAUGUUCUGUUUCGGCGAAACUUUGAACACCCUUUAUUUCACAAAAAUGAGAAAUCCAAUUAAUGAACAGCCGAAGACUACGCUGUGAAAUGCGUGCGACAUGAACAGGUGACAAGCGGACACGAAGUUCUGCACAUUAAGAGGCCGGCGUUAAGUGCGAGGGUUGGAACUGCGGCGCUCUAUCCAUUGUGCAUUUAUCUGCGAAAUAAAUUCACCGAUUGUUUCUGUGUGGCGUGUUGAGAUGCGCGUUGCGGUUAAAUCGCUCUACGAAUUCAAAUGAUUGAUUUUGCACAGCUGUCUCGCGCGUCUGCCUGACCUCGCACGGUUAAAGCGCGGCUCACGUGACCAUUUUAUCGCCACACGGGAGUCUUAACGUUCUUCAAACCCAGGCGCUGGUGCCGCAUGCAAGUGUGGAUUGGCACUUGCUUAUUACGGCAAGAACUACGUUUUCACGAGUCGUAAUCUCGCGUUCGGCGAGUGGUUCACCUGGCUGCCGGAGUGCAUCGCGUUGCGAUACUAGGCUACAAUACCUUUAACUUGCCAGCGAUUAUAUCCCAUUGCUCAACGUUCGCCCCCUUUCUUCACGACUACAUCUUCAAUGCGUUUGGCUCCGGACGACUGCGCCGAGUUACUCGACGCUGCGCCUCGUCGCGCGCCAAGCGCGUUCGUUGCCUUGCGAGGUCGUCAUUUUUCACAAGGCAAACGUGUGUUGUAUUUAUUUCUGGUGGAAUGCAACGUUAAAACUUGAAAAUUAAAAUUGGUCCUUGAUCACUGUU